AUGGGGAGGUUUGGGAAGUGUGUGGGAGUGAUGGGGUUGAUGGUUUUGGGUUUGGUUAUGAUUGUGGGGGUUGUGGAAGGGAGGCGUUUAGAGAAGGAUACUUUUAUUGGAGGUGGUGGUGGUGCUGGUGGAGGCUUUGGAGGAGGUAAAGGUGGUGGUUUUGGUAUUGGUGGUGGGCAUGGUGGUGGUCAUGGUGGUGGAGCUGGUGUAGGCGGAGGAAUAGGUGGUGGUCAUGGUGGAGGCAUUGGUGGCGGAGGUGGUUCCGGUGGAGGGAUAGGUGGUGGUCACGGUGGAGGUAUCGGUGGUGGAGGUGGCUCCGCUGGAGGUAUUGGUGGUGGUGGUGGUUCUGGUGGAGGGAUAGGUGGUGGUCAUGGUGGAGGUAUUGGUGUCGGAGGUGGCGGAGGUGGAGGCAUUGGUGGUGGUGGUGGUUCUGGUGGAGGGAUAGGUGGUGGUCAUGGUGGAGGUAUUGGUGGCGGAGGUGGUUCCGGUGGAGGGAUAGGUGGUGGUCAUGGUGGAGGCAUCGGUGGCGGAGGUGGCUCCGGUGGAGGCAUUGGUGGCGGCGGUGGUUCCGGUGGAGGGAUAGGUGGUGGUCAUGGUGGAGGCAUCGGUGGAGGAGGUGGUUCUGGUGGAGGGAUAGGUGGUGGUUCCGGUGGAGGUAUCGGUGGUGGAGGUGGUUCCGGUGGAGGGAUAGGUGGUGGUUCCGGCGGAGGCAUCGGUGGUGGAGGUGGUUCCGGUGGAGGCAUAGGUGGUGGUCAUGGUGGAGGCAUCGGCAGUGGAGGUGGAACCGGUGGAGGCAUUGGUGGUGGUGCAGGCGGUGGUUCCGGUGGAGGCGUUGGUGGAGGUCAUGGUGGAGGCAUAGGUGGCGGUGGUGGUGCCGGGGGAGGCAUUGGCGGUGGUGCUGGUGGAGGCUUUGGCGGUGGUCAUGGCGGAGGCAUUGGUGGUGGUGGUGGUGCCGGUGGAGGAUUUGGCGGUGGUCAUGGUGGGGGCAUCGGUGGAGGCGUAGGUGGUGGAGCCGGUGGAGGCUUCGGUGGUGGCGGAGGUGUUGGAGGUGGUCAUGGUGGUGGUGGUGGUGCCGGCGGAGGCUUCGGAGGCGGCAGUGGUGGCGGUGGAGGGGAAGGAGGCUUUUAA